AUGAGGCCCUCCACAUCAGGCGAACGGGCAUUUCCUAAAUACUAUUUCGGCCAGCAGUGCUCCUACCGGGAGUACCCGGACCAAUUCCGAAGAAAACACGGCGACCCAGCAACGGAAAUCCGGAAAUUCAAGGUACCGACGAACAACGGAGAGUCAUACAACCAGCUCUUCUCGUUGCCUGAGCUGGAGCAUGCUCUAAGGAAGGGAAAAGGCAAAUCGGCGGGCCCCGAUGGACUCGGGUACGCCAUGUACAAAAACCUUCCCCUAAUCGGAAAAAUCGCCCUCCUGGACUCCAUCAACCAAGAGUGGACUAAUGGCACUUUCCCCACCGAGUGGAAAUCAACCCUCGUAGUCCCGGUCCCGAAGAAUAACGGCCCAUCGAACGAAGCGUCAGGAUAUCGGCCCAUUGCUCUGGCGAAUGUUGGAUCGAAGAUAAUGGAGCGCAUGGUGAAUAGACGGCUGAUCGACCUCCUGGAAAGCGCCGGGAAACUCGACAACCGACAGCAUGCCUUCAGGGCGGGGCGAGGCACCAGUACCUACCUUGCGGCCCUAGCGGAGAUCCUGAACAGCAACAAGGGUAAGCAUGCUGAAGUAAUUUCCCUCGACCUAUCAAAGGCGUACAACAGGACGUGGACCCCCGGUAUACUCAAGAGGCUGGCUCUUUGGGGGAUCUCCGGCAAUCUUCUCCUCUUCGUGAAAAACUAUCUGCUAGACCGCUCAUUCCGGGUUCAACUCGGAGCAACAUCGUCGAAGGCAGUAAAGGAAGAAACCGGGGUCCCCCAAGGAUCUGUCAUCGCGGUCACCCUGUUUUUGGUGGCCAUGGAGGGCGUAUUUGCAGAUCUCCCGAAAGAAAUCUUCAUCGUCGUGUACGCGGAUGAUAUCGUGCUAAUAGCUGUUGGCAAACGGCUAAAGGCACUCAGGCGUAAGGCGCAAGCGGCGGUCAAAAAGGUCGCACUGUGGGCCCAGAACUCCGGCUACCGAAUAGCGGCGGAUAAAUGCGCUAGAAUCCACAUCUGCGAAUCGCUUCAUCGGCUCCCAAGCGAAGCCAUCACAACCGGCGGUAACACCAUCCCAGUCAAGAACAGCGCGAAGCUAAUCGGUGUCACCAUUGACCGCCGACUAACUUUCAAGCAGCACUUUCAAGCCACCCGGAACGCCUGUAGAUCCAGGCUCAACAUGAUGAAGCUUAUCUCCAGGAAGCGAACGAGAAGCGAUCGGGCAACCAGGAUUAGAGUAGCAGAUGCGGUCAUAACCAGUAGGCUCGUAUACGGCAUCGAGAUGACGUCGUGUAACCUGCCGGAGCUGAUCAAAAACCUUGCCCCGGUAUUCAACCGGUCUAUCCCGUACAUCUCCGGGUUGUUACCUUCCACGCCGGCGGACGCGGCAUGCGCCGAGGCUGGUGUACUGCCAUUCCGGUACAAGGCCACGUCAGCACUGUGUACCAGAACCGUCGGAUACCUGGAAAAAACGAGAACAACCGAUGAUUCCUGCAGUAUUCUAGCCCGGGCGAACGAUGCACUCCUGAAACAGUGCCAACAGCGCCUCCCAAAAAUCGCCGGACUGCACCGCCUAGGGGCAAGGCCAUGGAGCGAAGCAAGACCAAAGAUCGAUCUCUCCCUAAAAGCGCAGCUGAGGAAAGGACCCAACCGCGCCCAAGCCCAAGCCCUCUUCAAUCAACGAAUAGAAGACAAAUAUUCAUCGUACACCAUCCGGUACACUGACGGCUCGAAGGCAGAAGGGAAAGUGGGCAUUGGCAUCGAAACCGGUGACUGUACUUCGGCAUCGUACCGAUUACCAAACAUCUGUUCGGUAUUUUCCGCAGAAGCUGCCGCGAUUUUCAAGGCAGCCAUCCUCCCUAGCCAAGGUCCUACGGUCAUAAUCACCGAUUCCGCAAGUGCUCUCGCGGCACUGGCCGCUGAAUCAAACCGGCACCCGUACAUCCAAGCGAUCCAGAUGGCACUAAACGAAAACAUCAGCCUGAUGUGGGUCCCCGGACACUCCGGGAUAGCCGGAAACGAGAAUGCGGAUCUUCUAGCCAACAUCGGUCGGAGCAGCCAACUGCUGAACAACGUCGUCCCCGCAGCAGACGCAAAGCUGUGGAUUAAGCAGCAGAUCGCAGCAGCAUGGGCCACGGAGUGGCAUAAAGUGAAAUCGUUCUGCCGGAUGCUUAAGAGCACCACCCUCCCUGGUGAAGACCAACACAACCGACGAGAGCAGGUGGUAUUGUCUAGGCUCCGCACAGGACAUACGAACAUCACCCACGUCCUGGGGUCUGACAAUUACCAUCGGCAAUGCGAAAUCUGCCAAUGCAGAAUGACAAUCCAGCACCUGUUCAACACCUGCCCAGUAUUUGAAGAAGCUCGCAAUAACAACAACAUCCAAAACGCAUACACGGCUUUGCGCAACAACACGGUUGACGAGAGUUUAGCAAUCGGUUUCGGUGCAUCAGUCAAUCUCGUCAGUGAAUCACAAGCUACUUCUUCCAUAGCAUUACAUUCCAACUUGAAUCUAGCCUGCUUUUCGACUUAG